UCCCUAAUUUGUCAUUUUAACUCCCUUCUUUCUCUCUCACCCAGCCGCCUGUGUCUUGUCAACUUAGGUAACUAUACGUACCCAGCUACAGCUAAUACGUUUAGAAAUUAGGAAAGUUGUGCAGAAAAAGAAGACUACUUUGAAUCAGCAGCAGAAAUGGCAGAGACUAUUGUGUCCUUAGCUAUUGAAAGAAUAUCGGAUUUACUCAUUCAUGAAGCUGUUUACCUGCGUGUAGUUCGUGAGGAAGUGCAGCGCUUAAAGGCUGACCUAGAGAGGAUGAAGAGCUCCUUGAAGGUUGCGGACAAUAAGCAAGAUCAAAAUGAGCUUACCUGCACUUUGGUGAGACAAAUCAGAGAUCUUGCUUAUGAAGCAGACGAUGUAAUUGACGCCUUCAUUCUUCAGGUCACACAUCAAGGGGGCUUUCAUGGAAUCAUCAGGAGAUUCACCAAGCCUUUUCAUCUGCACAAAAUCGGGGUGAAGGUCAAUGCAAUCCAGACUAAGCUUGAAGACAUCUCUAAGAGUCUUCCAGCUUAUGAUCAGAUAUGUGGAAGAGAGGGGUCUAGCUCUAUUUCCGAGAUGCAGCAGCGGUUAAGGAGAACUUAUUCACAUGUUAUGGAAGAGGAUGUUGUUAGCUUGGAGGGUAUCACAAAUGAGGUUCUGGCUCAGCUGAUGACAGAAGAAGAUAGACUUCAUGUGCUUGUUUCAAUAGUCGGCAUGGGGGGAAUCGGUAAGACCACUCUUGCUAAAAAAGUAUAUAAUCACAUUGAUGUGAAAGGACAUUUUGAUUGUUUUGCUUGGACUUUUAUAUCUCGACAACGUAGGCCAGGAGAUGUUUUGCAUGAUCUCCUGAUAAAACUUCUAUGUCCUUCUACACAAGAAAGAGAGCUAAUUGAUAAACUGAAAGAGAAUGAGUUGAUCAAAAGGUGUUAUGAUGUCUUGAAAGAAAAACAUUUCUUGAUAGUCCUCGAUGAUAUCUGGAGAAGCGAGGAUUGGAAUAGUCUUAAAUCUGCUUUUCCACGAGGAAAAAAGGGAAGUAAAAUUUUAUGCACAACACGCAACAGGGAUGUGGCGUUACUUGCCGAUCCUUGCAACUCCCCAAUAGAGCUUCCAUUUCUUACAGAAAAUGGAAGUUGGAAGCCUUUUAGAAUGAAAACAUUCCCAGGCAACAAGAUAGAGUCUCAUGCUUGCUCAGAAGAAUUGGAGAUGCUAGGAAGAGAGAUGGUGAAAAAAUGUGGAGGUUUACCUCUGGUCGUUGCUGCGUUAGGAGGUUUGUUGGCAACAAAAAAGUCACAGGCUCAGUGUGAGAUGGUUCACCGAAACAUCAAUGCACACUUAAAUAAGUUUCAAGGACAAGAUCAUCAUUAAGGUGCAGUAAAUGAGAUUUUGGCUUUAAGCUACAAUGAGUUGCCCUUUCAUUUAAAACCAUGCUUUUUAUAUCUUGGUCAUUAUCCAGAAGAUUGGGAGAUCUCCAAAAAGGAACUCAUUCGAUUAUGGAUUGCUGAAAGUUUCAUUUCACCAUCAUGGGAAAGUGAGGGAAUAUUGAUGGAAGAUGUCGCUGAACAAUUCCUAGAAGAACUAAUAAAUAGAUGUUUGGUUCAAGUUGGCAAGAGGGACUAUAUGGGAAUAGGUGUGAAAACAUGUUGCAUACAUGAUCUCUUGAGGGACUUGGUGCGUGCGAAAAGCUCAAGAGGAGAAUUUCUUGGGAAUUAUUCAACCCCCAAUUAGUGAAGACAAUGGUAAUUCUCUUCACGUGAUCUUGACAGUAUCUAUGGCAUGAAGAAUUGCUAUUUAUCCUAGCAAAAGGUAUGUUUCUUUGAAAGGAAAACAUCCAAACUUACAUCCUCUUUUGCUCUUUCAGAAUGAGGAAAUGGUUAAAUUGCCAAUUUCCAAAUGCAAUGACUUCAAAUUUUUAAGGGUCUUGAAUCUUAUGAAAAGGGAUAUGAUGAAGUGGCAUGUGUCAAAUGAAAUUGGUAAUCUACAUCAUUUGAGGUAUUUGGGGUUAGAAUGCUCAAGAAGGAUCAUCUUGGCAUAGUCUAUUGGCAAAUUGAAGAGUUUACACACUUUAUACCUCCGAAAUCAAGCAUUAACAAGAAUUCCUAAUGUUCUAUUCUAGUUGAAACGUUUAAGGCAUAUUAUAGUGCAAAAUUACAAUGGUUGGGAGGGAGUACAUAAGUGUUUGCUGUCAAGUACUGCUUUAAAAAGUAUUGAAACUUUAAAGUACAUACGGGUUGAGACUUUGAAUGAAAAUAGUGCGGUGCUCAGCUUGACUAAUGUUAAGAAUUUGGGAAUAAUUUUUGAGAGAUCAAAAGAUGUCGAGCCUAUCCUGAAAGCACUGAUCGAAUCACACCACCUUUGCCCAUUGCGCAUGUCAUUACAGGAUUCUAUCCCAUUCCCAGAUUUGGAACCCCUUUCUCAGUGCCAUCACUUAUCAAAACUAUCCUCAAGAGGGAUGAUACAAGAAGAUCCGCAUUCAAGCCAUCAUGUUUUGAAAUUUCUGCCAGCAAACAUUACCAAGUUAACUUUGUCGUCAUGUAUGAUGAACCAGGAUCCAAUGGCUGUAUUGGGAAAGUUGCCUCAUCUGAGGACUCUUCGCUUAUGGUAUAAAUCAUAUACGGGGAGUCAAAUGGUUUGCUCUGCAAAUGAGUUUUUUCAACUUGAUUUUCUUUACAUCGGAGGUCUAAAAGAAUUAGAAGAGUGGUAGAUAGAAGAAGGUGCAAUGCCACGUCUCCGGCGUUUACGAAUGCAUGAUGUGGAAAAUUUGAGGACUUUUCUAGAAGGGUUGAGGUAUAUUUUUGCUCUCCAAGAAUUGGAAUUAAUCUGAAUGAGGCAGUCAUUGGUAGAGAGGAUUCAAGUGAUAGACGGAAGAGGAGGAAAAGAUUUCUCUAAAGUGUGCCACAUACCCUCCAUCCAAGUAAUUGAUACAUUAGAUGACUGUAAACUCUAAUUUUGUAAUGUCAAAUCCUCAGCUCGAAGUAGUUGCAGGCGAGUUAGAUAUUUUUAUGAUCUUUUUUGUUCUUCGUUUGGGUCUAUGCAUUUCAUAAGAGAUGAUGCCAUCUUCUUCUUGGUGUAGGUAAUCUAAUUGCACUGUAAUGCACUCCUACUAAUAAGAGUAACAAGGGAAUCACCGCGAUUUGCUUUUCGAUUA